AUGCCGGAAAUCGAUCCCGAUCUCGACGAGAAGAACCCUCCCGCCCUCGAUGAGGACGAUAUCGCUCUUUUAAAGACAUAUGGUCUUGGCCCGUACUCAACGUCUAUCAAGAAGGUUGAGAAGGAUAUCAAGGACAUGGCCAAGAAGGUCAACGACCUAUGUGGCAUCAAGGAGUCGGACACGGGUUUGGCUGCACCGAGCCAGUGGGAUUUGGUGUCGGACAAACAGAUGAUGCAGGAGGAGCAGCCGUUGCAGGUGGCGCGCUGCACCAAGAUCAUCAACCCCAACACAGACGACGCCAAAUACGUCAUCAACGUGAAGCAGAUCGCCAAGUUCGUGGUGGGGUUGGGGGACCGCGUCUCACCGACUGACAUUGAGGAAGGCAUGCGAGUGGGAGUGGAUCGCAACAAGUAUCAAAUCCAGAUCCCCCUGCCGCCCAAGAUCGACCCGAGUGUGACGAUGAUGACAGUGGAGGAGAAACCAGAUGUGACCUAUGGGGACGUGGGCGGAUGCAAGGAACAGAUUGAGAAGAUGCGCGAGGUGGUGGAGCUGCCCAUGCUGCAUCUUGAGAAGUUCGUGAAGCUGGGAAUCGACCCUCCCAAGGGCGUGGUGGAGCUCCCCAUGCUGCACCCGGAGAAGUUUGUUGUGGAGCUCCCCAUGCUGCACCCGGAGAAGUUUGUGAAGCUGGGCAUCGACCCCCCCAAGGGCGUGCUGUGCUACGGCCCGCCCGGCACCGGCAAGACCCUGCUGGCGCGUGCUGUGGCCAACCGCACGGAUGCCUGCUUCAUCCGCGUUAUAGGCAGCGAGCUGGUGCAGAAAUACGUGGGCGAGGGGGCCAGGAUGGUCCGCGAGCUGUUCCAGAUGGCGCGUUCCAAGAAGGCGUGCAUUAUUUUCUUCGAUGAAGUCGACGCCAUCGGAGGGGCGCGGUUCGACGAUGGAGCGGGUGGUGACAACGAGGUGCAGCGCACGAUGCUGGAGAUUGUGAAUCAGCUGGAUGGGUUCGAUGCCCGCGGGAACAUCAAAGUCCUCAUGGCUACCAACAGGCCCGAUACUCUUGAUCCUGCUCUUCUGCGCCCGGGUCGUCUUGAUCGCAAGGUGGAGUUCGGACUGCCGGACCUGGAGGGGCGCACUCACAUAUUCAAGAUCCACACUCGCACCAUGAACUGUGAACGCGACAUUCGAUUCGAGCUACUGGCCCGGCUCUGCCCGAAUUCCACUGGAGCUGACAUCCGCAGUGUGUGCACGGAGGCGGGCAUGUAUGCCAUCAGGGCGCGGCGCAAGACAGUGACUGAGAAGGAUUUCCUGGAAGCGGUCAACAAGGUCAUCAAGGGGUACCAGAAGUUCAGUGCUACACCCAAAUACAUGGUGUACAAUUGA